AUGCUUGACGAUUUUGAGGAUGGGAGCGUUAAGUCCAGCGGAGAACUCUGGUCUGAAAUCUGCUCUACUUUACCACCGCAAUCCCAGAACCAGACCGAAGCACACGCAGAGGACGCCAAACUGGACUUCGGUGACUCGUUCCAGCCGGGGCACACGCACAGGACCUGUCCGCCUGAAUCCAAAUGGGAACCGAUGGAGGAUUCCGAAAUGUACAUCGCUAGUUUGGAAAAUCGUUUGAAAAGAGUGAAAGGCCAGUCCAGCGACGUGACCUCCAGGGACAUGCUGCGGUCAUUGUCUCAGGCCAAAAAAGAAUGCUGGGACCGUUUCCUGCAUGAUUCACAGACAUCAGAGCUCUUCCAGGGAGGAGACCUGGAUGACGGUGCGCUGGAACACUUCAAGCGGUGGCUGGUUCCAGAGAAAGUGGCCAUCAGUGCGGAAGAGCUAGAGUACCUCCUGAGACCCAACCAGACCCAACAGAGUGAGCGACCGCCAGAGACCGAGCCAGAGCCCGAGUCCGAGCCACAGCUGCCUGAAGAGGAGUCUCCCAGCUCAGAGAAGUGA